AUGUCGGGCAAACAGCAAAAGUCUUUUACAAAAGAAGAAGAAUUACUUUUACAAGAUUUCAGUAGAAAUGUUUCUACAAAAUCAUCGGCUCUUUUUUACGGAAAUGCAUUCAUUGUCUCAACCAUACCAAUUUGGCUUUUUUGGAGAAUUCACAUGAUUGAAUUACUUCCGUCCCUUCUUUUCUUUAUAAUUGUCACAGCAGGAAGUACUUAUUUGGUUGCUUUUGCCUACAAAAAUACAAAAUUUGUUCUCAAACACAAAAUUGCAGUUAAAAGAGAAGAAGCCGUGACUAGGGAAAUGAGCAAAAAACUUUCUGAUGAUAAAAAAAUGAGUAAAAAAGAAAAAGAUGAAAGAAUACUUUGGAAAAAAAAUGAAGUAUCUGAUUAUGAAGCUACAACUUUUUCUAUUUUCUACAACAAUUCAUUGUUUGUUGCAAUAGUUAUAUUUUCCAGUUUUUAUUUGCUCAAAGGAUUUUCUCCAUCUAUGUAUCCUUUUUAUAGAAAUUUAUGA